GGCCGGGCACUGAGCUCUUUGGCGCCCCCACCCUCGUUUCGGAGCCCUCCACGCUGCGGCCACUGUCCCCUCCGGACCAUGGCCGACGACGACGUGCUGUUCGAGGACGUGUACGAGCUGUGCGAGGUGAUCGGCAAGGGUCCCUUCAGUGUUGUACGACGAUGUAUCAACAGAGAAACUGGGCAACAAUUUGCUGUAAAAAUUGUUGAUGUAGCCAAGUUCACAUCAAGUCCAGGGUUAAGUACAGAAGGUAAGAGAUGGAUUUCAAAUCUAAAGCGGGAAGCCAGUAUCUGUCAUAUGCUGAAACAUCCCCACAUUGUAGAGUUAUUGGAGACAUAUAGCUCAGAUGGAAUGCUUUACAUGGUUUUUGAAUUUAUGGAUGGAGCGGAUCUGUGUUUUGAGAUCGUAAAGCGAGCUGACGCUGGUUUUGUAUACAGUGAAGCUGUAGCCAGUCAUUACAUGAGACAGAUACUGGAAGCUCUACGCUAUUGUCAUGAUAAUAACAUAAUUCACAGGGAUGUGAAGCCCCACUGUGUUCUACUUGCCUCAAAGGAAAACUCGGCCCCUGUUAAACUUGGGGGCUUUGGGGUAGCUAUUCAAUUAGGGGAGUCUGGACUUGUAGCUGGAGGACGCGUUGGAACACCUCAUUUUAUGGCCCCAGAAGUUGUCAAAAGAGAGCCUUAUGGAAAACCUGUAGAUGUCUGGGGCUGUGGCGUGAUCCUUUUUAUCCUGCUAAGCGGUUGUUUGCCUUUCUACGGAACCAAGGAAAGAUUGUUUGAAGGCAUUAUUAAAGGAAAAUAUAAGAUGAAUCCAAGGCAGUGGAGCCAUAUCUCUGAAAGUGCCAAAGACCUAGUUCGUCGCAUGCUGAUGCUGGAUCCCGCUGAAAGGAUCACUGUUUAUGAAGCACUGAAUCACCCUUGGCUUAAGGAGCGAGAUCGUUAUGCCUACAAGAUUCAUCUUCCGGAAACAGUAGAGCAACUGAGGAAAUUCAAUGCAAGGAGGAAACUAAAGGGGGCAGUACUAGCAGCUGUGUCAAGUCACAAAUUCAACUCAUUCUAUGGGGAUCCCCCUGAAGAGUUGCCAGAUUUCUCUGAAGACCCUACCUCCUCAGGAGCAGUCUCACAGGUGCUGGAUAGCCUGGAAGAAAUUCACGCACUUACAGACUGCAGUGAAAAGGACUUAGAUUUUCUACACAGUGUUUUCCAGGAUCAGCAUCUUCACACGCUACUAGAUCUGUAUGACAAAAUUAACACCAAGUCUUCGCCGCAAAUCAGGAAUCCUCCGAGUGAUGCAGUACAGAGAGCCAAAGAGGUAUUGGAAGAAAUUUCAUGUUACCCUGAGAAUAACGAUGCAAAGGAACUAAAGCGUAUUUUAACACAACCUCAUUUCAUGGCCUUACUUCAGACUCACGAUGUAGUGGCACAUGAAGUUUACAGUGAUGAAGCAUUGAGGGUUACACCUCCUCCCACUUCUCCCUAUUUAAAUGGUGACUCUCCAGAAAGCGCCAACGGAGACAUGGAUAUGGAGAACGUGACCAGAGUUCGUCUGGUCCAGUUCCAAAAGAACACAGAUGAACCAAUGGGAAUCACUUUAAAAAUGAAUGAGCUAAAUCACUGUAUUGUUGCAAGAAUCAUGCAUGGGGGCAUGAUUCACAGGCAAGGUACACUUCAUGUCGGUGAUGAAAUUCGAGAAAUUAAUGGCAUCAGCGUGGCUAACCAAACAGUGGAACAGCUGCAAAAAAUGCUUCGGGAAAUGCGGGGGAGUAUCACCUUCAAGAUCGUGCCAAGUUACCGCACUCAGUCCUCGUCCUGUGAGAGAGAUUCCCCCUCCACUUCCAGACAGUCCCCAGCUAAUGGUCAUAGCAGCACUAACAAUUCUGUUUCGGACUUGCCAUCAACUACCCAACCAAAAGGACGACAGAUCUAUGUAAGAGCACAAUUUGAAUAUGAUCCAGCCAAGGAUGACCUCAUCCCCUGCAAAGAAGCUGGCAUUCGAUUCAGAGUUGGUGACAUUAUCCAGAUUAUUAGUAAGGAUGAUCACAAUUGGUGGCAGGGUAAACUGGAAAACUCCAAAAAUGGAACUGCGGGUCUCAUUCCUUCUCCAGAACUUCAGGAAUGGCGAGUCGCUUGCAUCGCCAUGGAGAAGACCAAACAGGAGCAGCAGGCCAGCUGUACUUGGUUUGGCAAGAAGAAGAAGCAGUACAAAGAUAAAUAUUUGGCAAAGCACAAUGCAGUGUUUGAUCAAUUAGAUCUUGUUACAUAUGAAGAAGUAGUAAAACUGCCAGCAUUCAAAAGGAAAACACUAGUCUUAUUAGGUGCGCAUGGUGUUGGGAGAAGACACAUAAAAAACACCCUCAUCACAAAGCACCCAGACCGGUUUGCGUACCCUAUUCCACAUACAACCAGACCUCCAAAGAAAGAUGAAGAAAAUGGAAAGAACUAUUACUUUGUAUCUCAUGACCAAAUGAUGCAAGACAUCUCUAAUAACGAGUACCUGGAGUAUGGCAGCCACGAGGAUGCGAUGUACGGGACAAAACUGGAGACCAUCCGGAAGAUCCAUGAGCAGGGGCUGAUCGCGAUACUGGACGUGGAGCCUCAGGCACUGAAGGUCCUGAGAACUGCAGAGUUUGCUCCUUUUGUUGUUUUUAUUGCCGCACCAACUAUCACUCCAGGUUUGAAUGAGGAUGAAUCUCUUCAGCGUCUACAGAAGGAGUCUGACAUCUUACAGAGAACAUACGCACACUACUUCGAUCUCACAAUUAUCAACAAUGAAAUCGAUGAGACAAUCAGACAUCUGGAGGAAGCCGUGGAGCUCGUGUGCACAGCCCCGCAGUGGGUCCCCGUCUCCUGGGUCUAUUAGGCCCCCCCCAGAUAUCUGGCACCACCUCGUACAUGGAAAAGCCUCUUUGUUCUCGGCCCUGUGUCAGCAGGUCGUGGUCCCUAGAGACUACCUAGUUGUAGUGUGACCUACAUUUAUAAUUAUUGUCAUGUCCGAAUAGAUAGGAGGAGAAAAACAAUUACACACUAAUUUAAAGAGACAGUAUCUUUUUUAAUCAGUUCUCCUAAACUUUAAUAAAAUGUAUCUUUAAAUGUAUGUAUUAUUCAAUCCUUUGGAAUGUUAUAUUUUUGGAAAUCAUAGCUUUUUAUUUCCAAGGCCCCUAAAAACUGCACAAAAUAGAUGCUGCUUUCUAUAAUCUAUUUUAAUAAUAAUAAACAAUGAUUCUGUUACCUUGACUGGGGGUGGAACACUACAUUCUUUUUAGAGUCUGAUUUUAUGGAUUGGAAUAUCUUUCUUUCCUUUAUUUAUUUGAAAUCAGUCUAGUGAUUACAAAACUCAUAAAUUUUUAAAGGCCUUUUCUUUUUCCUUUUUUUUUUUAGAAUAGUAUUUUUUUUAAGUCCUUUAUGUAACAUCCAGAUAAUGUGAUACUGUCUCUUUGAAGCACCCUGUAAACCUUUUAGAGAUUUGAAGUUGGGUCUUGACUCUUAAUGCAUGUGGACAGUCGCGAGCGUUUAUGCUGUCGGUGUGUCUGUGUUGGACAAAACAAUCUGUAAUCUACAGCAAAGUACAUUCCGUUCACGGGGCACACCCAGGGGAAUAAGAAUAAAAUGCUAUUAUGACUAAGUUGUAAACCUAUGCACAUCCCUUGCAUUUCGGGCAACUUUAUAAAACAAAAACAAACUGAUUUUUAUUAAUAAUAAUCACGUAGUGAAAUGUGUUUGUAAUUUUGUCUCAAUUUACUUUGUUGUAAGGUGGGAGGGGGAAUCGCUGGUUUCACCAUUUCAGAUCUGUGUUGUCGGAGAGUAUUAACGUUUUAAUUAAGCAAAGAAAUGAGGAUUUUUAAUAUGUAUGUAAUUGUUUUAAAGCACCCAUUUUAAGAGAAUAUACUGUGCAAUGAAGAAACCAGUUUAGGCAUUUGCUAUAAACUGAAUUAUUCCAAAAGAAUAAUCUAUAACAGCCCUGUAAAUUCCUUUAAAAUGAUAAACUAACAGGACAGUUUGACCAAUUUUUUUUUAAAUAUACUUCCUUUUAUGUGUUCAAUAAUUAAAUGCCUUUGGGUCCUUCAUUUCAUUAUAGAUUUGUUCAGGUUUACAAGCUGAUAAUCUUUGAGAUUUUAUAAUCCAUUUAGAUGCUCAUUGAACCAUCGAAGGCCCAGGAGUGACUAUCAGUUGACAGGACAACAAAAUACUCUGCCAGAGCACAGCUGGGACCUCGUCUGGCUCCCAGAGUGCAGUGCACCCGAGGGCCACCAAUGUGCUGGAGGCCACCUGUGGUUUCUCCUUCCUCUUGCUGUAUCCCUUGGCACAGGAGAAUUUUCUGUCCUUGUUGCUUUAGAGACAUUAACCAUCUCAUCACCCUUCCACGAGGUCACAUUCUCCCAAUACAGGAGACUCAGGCUGGGGGUUUUCUGACUUGUUUGCCGGAGAUCGGUGAAAGGUUUUUCAUUAGAUUGUCAGGGUGUGAAGUGGUUCUGUUAUCCUGUGAUCUUUGAAAAAAAUACCAUCGUGUUUGCUUAUUGUCGGUUAGAUGGCCUCAUUGAUGUGUGCCUUGGCAGGAUAUGCAGGAUGUGUUCUGAGCAGAAGAGCUCCUCUUGAAGGACCACAAAGAGAAGGCAUUUGUAUACUCCUUUUAGGGUGUCACCCUCCCCUCCCACCUACUCUUAUUAAAUGAUGUUGAUUUUUCCUCUGAUGUCGUCCUUGGUCGGUGACCAGAUGAGUAUACAGCUUACAAAGUGUUGAGUGAGCUGCUUUCUGUUGGGGCCCCAUAGCAGGGUGACCAAACCACCAAACCAGAGACACUCUGGAUGGAGAGAGAAACCCCUAGAGCUGUUUAGGGCUGAGUUAGGAUUGAUUUAAAUUUAACUGAUGCCAAGGCCAGACAUUCAUUCCGUGAUGCUACUGGCCACAAUCCGGGCUCUUCUCAGUGUGAAAGUGUCCACUCUACCUCUUUUCCAAUGAAGCACAAAGAAGAACACAGCACCUGGGGAACAGAGGCUCGCUCCCUCCCUCUGGUAGAAACCCCCCCAGUCCCUCUUGCCCUCUGAGACCAGUUAUCUCCAGAGAUGCUGACAGUGCCUCUGUCUUUAGGCACCCACCAAGCUGAUAAAGGUGGGCCAGGCAGAGGAGAGCAGAGCAAUGCCAACCGAAAUGUCUGUAGCCCCAGAACUGAGAAGCGUUGUAGCGCUGGUCCUCCCUUCGCCGCCACUGAUGCGUCCUGGGAGAAGCGCACAGGCAGGCCCUACUCUCGCCAUUGUGCAGAUGGCAAAACUCGUGCACCCAGAACUCAUUCCGUGUGACUUCUCAGAGGUCAUCUGUUCCAUUCCACUAAUACACGUCUUCUCUCAAGCACUGUCUUUGUGACCUGGCAGAAAAUAUUUCUGAAUCCAGAGUAAUUUCAACUCAUUGCUGCUGCCACUCCAUUACAGCUGUCCACUGAGCAAUCAGAGAAAACAACUAAAAAGCUGCUUUAGUGCUUCCAUUCCAUCAACCAAAUCAUUUUUUUCUUUAAAAGAACAGAGCAAAUGAUUAUAUUCAAUCUUUCACUGGUCAAUUGAGCCAUGUUCUGAGGGCUCUCUCCCACACCCCAAACCCCCUCUCCACAGCAAAAAAAGGGGGUGUUUUUUAAGAUGUCGAGUUAGUUGUUAAAAAAAAGUCCUGAUUUUGUAAUCAUAAAGCAGUACUUCCUUUGCACACGCACCAUAUUCAAUUGGAACGCUAAAAAAGAAAACGUCACUCAAUUCAUCUCAAGUUUCCCAGUGUCAGGAUAAUAUGGUAGCCUUCUCAAAUGCAAUCAAAUGUCUCUCCUGGCAGGUGAGAUGGUUUAAAAUAUUCACUCAGACAGGAAAAGAAAUGGGUGACCUACUUCCUGCAAUUUGCAUUCGGGAGGCAUCUUCGGCGCCUGUCCCACGGCUGGUGGGGUGUCUAGAUACUUCGAGGCCCUCACCGUGUGAGGGGUCGGAGGGAUCGGCGCGUCCUGCCCUUCCCGGGGCCGUUCCAUCUCCCACUGCUGAUGCCAGCCCGCCAGACCUGGGCUCCAUGCGACGAUGAUGUUUUUUUAAAGCCUUUGCUCUCAUUACUGCAGAGGAGGUUUGGGGAUUUGUUUUUAAGUCACUUGUAGUUAAUCUGUUCAUUAAGGCUUUGAGUUCAUUCCUUGAAAAAGUGUACUCAGUUGAGCCACCCUUGAAGAAAUUGGACAGUGGACGCGCCUGGCGUGGAUACUGUCCCUUUAAGGACAGGCAGCCCACAGCAAAGUCUUGUCUCCCACUGUUGUGAUGUCCUUUUCUUCAUUUCAGUCAGUCUCUUAACUUGGGGCAAAGAGAACAGGGCGCUAAGCUAGCAAGAACAUUUCUUGAUUAAUAAAUUCUGAGUUAUAAUGCCUCCCACGCUGUCUCCUUGGAAAGAGGAGAAGGCACCUUGCAAUCAGCAUUCCAAACAAGCCCCCUUCGGGUCCUCAUCCCUCCUGCUUAUUUUCCUCUCAUCAGGCUGUGUUUUGUAUGUGUCUGUGUGUGUGUGUGUCUGUGUGUGUGUGUGUGUGGUGGGGGGGAGGGGUUUCUCCAGAACUGAACACAGCCUCCUAAUUCCAUCCUCUUUACAAGGGCUUAUGAUACCGAGGCUGAUCACGACAUGGAAUAGUGUAAAGGUCCCUGAGCGCUCUUUCUCUUGGUCUGCGCCUCUAAUUAAUUCUCCUCUGACAAAGAUAAUUUGCUUCUCACUGCAGCUAACAGAAGGGCUACAAGAUUUAACUAUGAAUCAUUUCAAUUGGUAGAAUUUUCCUCUUCUUACCCCUUUAGAAGUAAGGUCUUCCUCUCCGUUUGGUGUCUUCAGUUACAGGAUGUUACGUCUAGGCUCAAUGCUUGAUUGGUUUUGCCCACACCCACUUAUCAGUUUGCCUUAAACUUGGAGCUACUGGAAGUCCCAGGUCUUCCAGCUUAGUGAGCGAAGUUUAGAUGUGACAUGCAUCCAGAAGUGGGAGAAAGGGAGAAAAAAAAGAGUAUAUUCACCAGUCCACAUCCCUUUUGUCUGGUCUUUUCUCUGCUACUCUUGGGCUGCAGCAGGUGGGCAGACCCAGCUGCAGAGAGAGGAGGAGGAGGGGGGGCCACGCCAUUUCUAGGACAGGCACCGCCAAGUCUUAGCUCUUGGAGGGGAGGGGGUAGAAAAUCCAGAGUUCCCGCCACCUCUCACCUGACCAUCAAAUCUUGAACCUGUGCAAAUGGACCGAGCAAAAGAAAAUGGAAAGAGAUGUUUGGCACCACACAGGAGAUCUCGUUUCUGGCCCCAAGCACAACUCCCUAUUUGCGUAUGUACAGAAACUUGGAACUUCGCUGCCACUUAUGUGUUGGUUCCGUUCUCUCCAGCACAUGACCAAAGGAACGUGCCAGUGGUGUCACCAAGAGAGCCCUGGGGGUGACCAUCUUGGGACCCAGAGGAUGGGCAAUCUCUUUUCAAGGAGUUCUGCUUGGGAGUAGAAAUAGGUGUUCCUCCACGGUGAGUGGCCCCACCUAUUUUCAUUUUGAAGAGACCAAGAAUUGGGGGAACUGAUCUCCGGUCUCCGCUGUGUCCCGGGGUGGCACCCACGCAGGUGGGUGGGAGGCCGCGGGGACAGCAGGCCCGGGGGCCGCCGGGAAGGCCGCACCACCCUCGUGUGCGGAGACCACAGCGUCGUGUUUUCACUGCAAGGCAGGCGCGUCGCCAUUCAAACUCAGUUCUGGGGUUGUUCCGCAUAAAGUUUUGCCAACGUGUUCUUUUCUUCUGUAUGUAUAAUUGCCUUUUUAUAAAAGGUUUUGAAGUAUUGUCUCAGUGAUUAAAAAGAGAGCGAUGUUAA